AUCAACAGCUGCUGCUGCUUCCGGGGUGGAGACACAGCUGUACGAACGGCGCUUUCUGGGUUUUGUUAGCGCCAAAAUUAAAAAGGGAAAUUUUAGCAGCGUUCGUUUUGAAUUAAGAAACUUGAUUGAUUAUUCGCCGAAAAUGCCUUUUACUCCAAAGAGGCCCUGUCCCGAUUCAAUGAACGACUCGAUGGAGAAGAGGAUAAAGCGGGUUUCAGUCGAGGGAAACAUUGCGGCGGGCAAGUCCACCUUUGUGCGCCUUUUGGAGCUGGAGAGCGCGGACUGGGAGGUAGUACCAGAGCCCAUCGCCAGGUGGUGCAAUGUCCACGCAAACAGCGGUGACUUUGAGGAGCUGACCACAUCUCAGAAGAGCGGGGGGAAUGUGUUGCAGAUGAUGUAUGAGAAGCCAGAGAGGUGGGCCUACACCUUCCAGAGCUACGCCUGCAUCAGCCGGGUGCGUGCUCAGAUCAAGUCAGCCAAUGGGAAACUGCGAGAGGCUGAGCAUCCUGUGCAGUUCUUUGAGCGGUCCAUCUACAGCGACAGGUACAUCUUUGCCGCCAACCUCUAUGAGAGCGAGUGCCUGAAUGAGACUGAAUGGUCUGUGUACCAGGACUGUCACAGCUGGCUGCACAGCCAGUUUGGCAAGCACAUAGAGCUGGACGGGAUCAUCUACCUCCGAGCGACACCGGAGAAAUGUUUAGAAAGAUUGUACCUGAGAGGUAGAGAAGAAGAACAAGACAUUCCUCUGGAGUAUCUGGAGAAGCUCCACUUCAAACAUGAGAGCUGGCUGCAGCACAGGACCAUGGCCAUGGAGUACGAGUAUCUCAGUGACGUUCCAGUCUUGACUAUAGAUGUGAAUGAAGACUUCAAGAGGAACGAUCUGAAGAGAGAUGACAUGGUUAAGAAGGUGAAAGAGUUCUUGAGCACAUUGUCUCCUGAUGGAAAACAGAUGACGCCAUAACAAGGAAAUGUGGAUCAAGUAUUAAUUU